AGGGGACGUGGACGCUACAAGUCAUGGCCACUGUGAUCCGGAUGCACCGCUGCGUCACCUCUGCACCUCUGCGGGUUCUGUCGCGCUGUGUGACUUCCGGCGUGGGCGAGUUCAGACGUAACGCCAAGGUGCCGGGCGUGACCAUCGUCUCGGACGAUGCCACGGCGGAGCGCGCACUGCAAGUGCUGCAGAGGCUUGGUGACCGCGUGCACGGCUGGGACACCGAGACCAGCGAGGUGAACUUGGGCCGACGUGGGCAGACGCCGUGCCACACGGGGCAGGUGGUUUGUGCCACCGCCUACUGCGGAGAUGACGUCGACUUCGGCGAUGGACCCAUGCUGUUGAUCGACAACAUGGGGCCAGCGGCAGGGCUCAUUGAGAGGAAGUUUCGAAGCUACUUUGAGGACACCAGUUAUAAGAAAGUCUUUCACAACUACGCCUUUGACAAACUCAUGUUGAAGCGUGAUGGCAUCGCCGUGGAGGGUUUGGCUGCGGACACGCUCAUCUUAGCGCGGCUGCACGACACCUCCCUGGCGUCCUGGGAAGGUCGAGAGAGGGCCAGCAAGCUGAUGAAAGACAUCUCCAUGGCCGAAAGCUUUGACCGCUCCAAAAGCUGGGAGGGAAAGGAGCCCAGCAGGGCAGUGAAGGGUGUGGCCUUUGCGGGAAAGAAGAUCGAUUUGAAGUCCUUCUCUUCAGCAUCAAACCUCCAUACUAUCAGCAUUCCCAUGGAACAUGCCACGAAGAUCAAAGAGCUUCCCAAGAUGAGGAUGGGCUACGACUUGAAAAGCUUAGCCUUUCAAUACGGCAUGACGGGCUCCAUGGAGCCGGCGAGCUUCCGGCAGCUCUUCGGUGCUUCUGGAAACGCGGCACGUGAAAAAUUUGACUCCCCGGACCACUUCACGGAGUUCGCCACCUACGCCGCCUACGAUGCGGUCUAUACUUGGAAGCUCUUUCACUUCUUUCAGGAGUCCUUGCAGAAGACGGCUUGGAACAGUGGCGUGCAACGUCGCCCCAUCGACAAGUUGCUGAUGGACGAUGCGGUGGCGGACGAACUGCGAGAUUUGAGGCCCCAGCUCUUUCGCAUGAGCCGCCCAAAGGAACAGGUCAAGAAUCGACUGCCUAGCAGUGGAGGUGCAGCUGGCACCAGUGCGUCAGUGCAGCAGGACACAGGCAAGACGAUGUGGGACUUCUACUCCGAGUAUUUGUCUUCCAGAUUCUCCGAAUGCUUGGCAUCGAUGCAAGAACGAGGCAUCUCGGUGGACCGUGCUCGGCUGCAAGAGAUCGAGCGGCACGCCACGGAGGACUUGCGCAGGAUGGAGUCCCAGUACAAAGAAAUCCUGGGAGAGAUUGAAGUGGAAGGCACCGUGAUGAAUCCUGAUUCUGGACUCAUCAACCCGCAAAGUCACCAACAGUUGCGGCAGCUGCUGUUUGGAGGGACCAAGAAUAUCUUCGAUGAGAGCGAGCAAUUGGAGGCCACCCGGGACUUCUCAGUGCCCAAGGGCGCCAAGGCCAAAGAUGGGUCCAAACUGCGUUCAUCGGAGCGCUUCACGAUCGAGAGUUGGGGCUUGGAGCCUGCCGCGGGGCGCAAGAUGUUCACCAAGAAGGGAUGGCCCUCCACUGGCAAGGAAGCAUUGGAAAAGUUGCAGAAGGAUGAAGCGCAGAAUGUGCAGCAGCAAUUGGAAGCCAAAGGAUGGGAUCCAGUGAUGGCGAAGAAGGCAUUUGAAGCGAUGGAGAUCUACCGCCAGAUGGCCUCCGUCAAGAAAAUCCUGACGGCUUUCGCCCGGCCGAUGCAAGAACAUGCUUCUGAGAUGAACCGCAUUCACCCCAGUUGGUCGUACGGCACCUCCACUGGACGGCUGAGCUGCAGCAAUCCGAACCUGCAGGGGAUCCCCGCGGACAGCAAGGACACCUAUGGCGUGCGGGGCGCUUUCAUUGCAGGCGAAGGCAAGACUUUCAUCAUGGCGGACUAUUCCCAGCUGGAGCUGCGCAUUUUGGCGCAUAUGUCGCAAUGCCCGUCCAUGAAAAAACACUUCCUCAAGGGCGGUGACUAUCACUCGGAGGUGGCGGCAGAUAUGUACCCUUACAUCAAAGAGGCCAUCCUUCGUGGUGAGGUGAGCACCAAGAACGAUGCGGGUCCCGAUUUGCCCAGCGUCAAGUCUAUGUUUCCACAAGAGCGCAAAGCUGCGAAAGCUGUGAAUUUCGGCAUUGUGUAUGGGGCACAGGCACAGUCCUUAGCGGAGGACUUGAACAUCAGCGAAGAUGCAGCCGUGGAGUUGAUGGAGGCAUGGUUUAAGAACAAGAAGGCUGUUCGGAGGUGGCUGGACGAUGUGAAGGCUCAAAGUUCGAUGGAGGGGAUCCUGGGACAAAGGCCAGCAGGAAGCACAACAGUUGAUGCGCACAAUGCAGGGCCAGCAAACACCAUUACGCGGGCGGAACGUGCAUGUUUGUCCUCCGAGGUGAUGCGGCGACAUUUGCGGGUGCAGACAGACAACGCGGCGGAGUGUGAGAGCCGCAGGGCUCUUGCACUCCUCCGACGCGAAGUCGCAUGCCUCUCGGACAUGCUGAAAUCUCGAUCUUUGCUGGGAAAACAUCGGCACUUGCCUUUGCUGAAGGAGGAUAUGCCAUUUUGGCCCCUUGGCAGUGAGCGCGCUGCCGUGAACUUUGUCAUUCAGGGUUCUGGCGCCGAUUUGGUGACAGCGGCGAUGUUGCAACUCGAGUCGCAUCCGCGCUUGACGGAGUCACCAGGGGGUGGGAUGUCUUGGGAGUUUAACGGGCAGGACUUGGGCUUUCAUCUUGUCAUGCAGGUGCAUGAUGAGUUCGUCCUUGAAGGACCUUCAGACAAGGCUCAGGAGGCGUCUGAGAUUGUGAAAUCGGUGAUGGAGAAGCCGUUCAAGGAGACCAUGCCGGACUUUUCAAUGGUGGUGCCACUUGAGGUGUCCAUUUCGGUCUCCGAGACGCUGGCGGGGAAGGCUUAAGAUGACUGAAGAAAAACUAAAUCGUCGUCAGUGAUACUUUCCCAUGCUGUUUUGCGUCGACAUGUCGCCACCAUGCGACAUGUCCUGCAGCUGGCGCUGGCUUGCUACAAUAUCUGUCGUAGUUUCUGCGGUCUCAACCUACCGCAUCGGCUGAGUCCGCUCUAGCGAGAGUUGUGGAGACUACCCUCUGGUAAUGAAACAGAGCAAUUGGAACUCCACCAUUUUGUUCGAUGAUCUUUUCAGGCUAAGCCGAGGAUUUUCCAGC